ACUUCGCUCUGUGUUUUUUGACAAUUUUCUCCAAUUCGGGACAUUUUCAGAUGAAAGAAGUGUUUCUAUUGGAUUUCUUAUGUGUUUCCAAAACAGUGAGUGUAUGAAUUCUAAUGAUUUUGGUCUUGUAAAUAGUACUUUGUAAAUAGUGUAUUAUAUAGAGCUUAUCUGUUUACCUGGUGAUUUAUUCUCACCCGCUUACCUGUGCUACUAGUGCGGACUGUAAUAACGGUACUAAUCAAAUCAUGACGGAAAGCGACGUUGAGGGUUUUAACUCACUCACGGUUGACAGGACAUGUAAACCGUUAUACCUCAAGAACAAUGACUUGCGGUCAAUUGGAGGGAAACAGUUUACUGAUUAUGAUUUGAUCGAACCAAUCAAACGGGUCAUUGGUGAUGACCUGCUGUGUGUACAACUGGACAGAAAUCUUUGGCGUGUUUAUUUGAAAAACACAGAAAACAGAAAUAAACUACUGGUGCAGGGAAUAGAAAUUAGUAAUAUCUCUUAUCAGUUUUAUGAUACCAAUCCAUACACUUCCGGUGCCAAAACCGCUGACCAGAAAACACUGAAAAUACGUGUAUGCGGUCUUCCGUUGUCAGUAGCCGACACAGCAGUCCUUGAAAUGCUUGACAAACUAGGAGUGAAAUUAGUGAGCAAGAUCUUAUACGAAAAAAUACGACAUCCUGAGACAAAAAGAAUGACCAGCAUUCUCAAUGGCACUCGCUUUAUGUUUGUUGAACCCUUGGCCGACGGUAAAUAUUUACCUAGAAUUAACCAUUGUGCAGGUGUUCAAUGCAAAGUUUUUCAUUAUGGUCAACCUAAAAAAACAGAAAACUUGAUCUGCACCAACUGCUGGAAAACUAACCACACCAGAUCAAGAUGCACAUCCGAGACUUGUUGCAAAGUCUGUAAACAACCAGGACAUACCCCUGGUGAUAAAACAUGUCCUCACUAUGAACCACAGAAACUGUUAACCCCUUUCUGUGGAGAAGAGGACGUGUUGUCCAAUUUUUUUCCAUGUGAGCUGGAUUUCUGUGGUAUUAAACACAAGUCUGCUGAACACGCUUUUCAGUACACAAAAGCUGUGCGAUGUGGGGAUCUUGAAUCCGCAAACAUCAUUAAAGACGCAACUGACGCACUCUCAGCCCUUCGACAUGGAAAAAAAAUAAAAACGAAUGAACAAUGGGAGUCGACCAAAACUGCGGUUAUGGAAGAAAUCCUUGAAAAUAAGUGCGUUCAAGUACCAAUCUUCCAGGAAAAACUGCGGACCGCCAAACAAUCCACAACCUUUGUUGAGGCGACAUUUAACAACGAAUGGGGGUCAGGUUUAGACCGUAAAGGGACUCAAAAUACGAAACCAGAACACUGGCCUGGAUCAAACACCCUUGGAGUUCUUUUGAAAAAAAUCUCAAAAAAAGUUAGAAAACGAAAACUAAGCGACAGCGCAAACCGUAAGCAGAAACAAAACAACCGUGAACAAUCACGACAGCGUAACAUUGUGCAGAUGUUGAAGGAACUCAGAACUGCAUCCGACAGCGACGUCUCGGGAUGCAACCCGGAUUCUGAGAGCUCUGAGGAAGAGAAAUAAACU